UUAAGUAUUUUGGUAUGCAUAGCUGAGUUCAAGGUAUAUUCCGCUAGACAUGCAACGGUCACACUUUCUCUAAUUUCCGCGUAAAAAGGUUAGACACCAUGACGACUGCCUUUGAUGCUGCACACACGGAGGGACCAGGAUUCGUGGGAAUUCGCUUCUGCCAGGAGUGCAACAACAUGUUGUAUCCCAAGGAGGACAAGGAGAACAAGAUCCUGCUGUACGCCUGCCGGAAUUGUGAUUACAAACAGGAGGCGGACUCUAAUUGCAUCUACGUGAACAAGAUCAUGCACGAAAUCGACGAGCUGACCCACAUUGUGCCGGACGUGAUAUCGGAUCCCACGCUGCCGCGCACGGAAGACCACGCCUGUCCCAAGUGCUCCCACCGGGAGGCGGUCUUCUUCCAGGCACAAACACGUCGCGCCGAGGAGGAGAUGAGACUGUACUAUGUGUGCACCAAUCAGAACUGCACCCACCGAUGGACAGAGUAGGAGCGGAAAUUGUGCGCACCACCACCUGUAAUUGUAGCCCUAAGUAAUCAAACCAAUAUAAAGACAUUUGUCAAUCGCACAUGGCUAUGCCGCAAAAACUUCUCAGUUAUUGAUCAACACUCGAUCGCCGCUCAAUGCAAUAAAAACCACAGAGAAAGAAAAGCUUAUAUGAUAGCUAUUAUGAUCACCCGGAUGAUUUUACAAGUUGUUUUGGACAACAAUUUUAAUUUGCUUUGUGUAAAAUCUAUAUUUCCCAACAUUUUAUUUUGAUAUUAAAACGUAAAAAUUGUAUUCCUUAAAUUGCAAAAGUAAAAACAUUUAUUGAGUAU